AUGCCUACAAAAACUCGCCCAGUUGAGAAGAUAGCUAAAGCCGCUGCGCAGUGCUCUGUGGAGGCUGCGGCGUAUGGCAAAUGCGUGGUCUCGGACUACAACUCCGUUCACAAGGAUAUGUGCGCUAAGGAGUUCAUGAGGCUGAAGGAUUGCUUCCUUGCUGCCUCUAAAAAGGGUUGA